AUGACAACGGAUUUAGAUGAAACAAGAUUACAAGUAUUCUUUUUACUAAUUAAUCUUUAUAUUGAAGAUAGAAUCGUUAGAAAUAAAUCCGAUCAACAUUUAUCUACUGGAAAUCUUCAAUUAUCUGGUUUUGUUAUUCAUGGUCAUGCUAUGCUUUCACAUGAAGAUUUACUAUCUGAACGUGAAACACUUGAAUAUGCUUGGCAAUUGGAAGUUAUUUUUGAUGAAAUAUUAGCUCAUGGAAAAAAUUUUUAUUUACAAAUAAUUGAAGAUGAAUAUAUACUUACAUGUUCACCUGUUAUUGAUAGAACAAAAUGGAUUGAAAAAUUUAAAUAUGAUGUACUUCGAUUUAGUCUAGAUUCAAUUAAUUUUAAUUUUGUUGAAAUUGGUAAUGUUGUUAAUAUGCAAAUUGCACCUAUUCGUUUAUGUAUUUCAUGGUUAGAAGUUGGUUCGAUUAAUGUACUUGAAUUACGUAUUAAUGCAAAAUUUGAAUUUCAUCCACCGACUCCAGUUAAUAUAAAUGAACAAUUAGAAUUUCUUUAUAAAAAAUAUAUAAAACAUAAAUCAAUUAUUGAUAAAAAUGAACAUGAACAUUCAUCAUCAUCAAUACCAUUAAAUAAUAAUAAUCCAAUAUCAAUAAUUCCAAAUUAUGUUUAUUUAACAUCAAAUGAACAAUUAUCAUUAAUAAAUUUAAGUCAAUCAAGUUUAAAUUCAACAUUAAAUAAUAAUAAUAUUAAUCGUAUGAAAUCAUCAUCAUCAACCACAUAUUCAAAUUUAAAUUUAUUAUCAAAAACAAUCGAUAAUAAAUAUGAUUUAUUAACAAUAUCAUCACAUUUAUCAUCAAUAGAUUCAUUAAAUGCUUUAGAAGAAAUACUUCAAAGACAACAAGCUAGACAUGAUUCAAUAUAUUUACUUCAAAAAGUAUAA